GCAGAAAGCGCUGAUAAGGGCAGCGCUCGGGCAAAUACCAAGUUGUUAUCUAGAAACUUUGUACAAUGUCAACGGAAUCAAACAAGCAGAAGUCAUCUAAGUCCCCCACCUCACCCAAGAAGAUGAUGCGACAGAAACGAGACCGGCGUAGAAAGAAUCUCAUACAAAAGGCCUAUGAAUAUAGCAAGCUCUGUGAUGCUGACGUCUGCCUGGGUAUUCACAUUCGAGAGUGUGUCCAAGAAGGUAAUCUAUACAUUGAGUAUUUUUUUUGGGCGACUCUGAAGCAUUCAUUCACUAUCAUUAGCUUAUUACUUUAGAACUAUGCCGUGGGAUUUACGGGAAAAUUGGAUGUAAUAAUACUAAAC